AAGAAGCUGCUUAUUCCUCAUCCCUCCGCCUCUCUCUUUCAUCUCUCAGCCUACCAGCUUAGUAUUUCUGCUCUCUCCCACUCCCUAUCUUCCAUAAGAAACAAGACUGCUGGCAAUCUCUCUCUCUCUCUUUCUGUCUCUCUCUGUCUCUGUGUGUGUGUGUGUGUGUGUGUGUGUGUGUGUGUGUGUGUGUGAUUUCCAAUGGGAGGAAAGGGUGAAUCCCCUUCUUCUUCGAUAGACAGCAGCAGCCACCCUGUUCUCUCCACAACAUCCUCUCUUUCACAGCCAAGAAGAAGAGAUUUGAGCACAGAUCUUAGGCUAGGACUCAGCCUGUCGUCCUCCUCCCUGCUGGAUAGUUCGUCCAAUUCGAGGGAUCAACGAUCUGACUGGCCACCGAUCAAACCACUUCUUAGGAGCACGCUCGCGGAGAAGGCAAAUCGAGGGCAUUCGUCAACAUUUUUCGUAAAGGUUUACAUGGAGGGCAUUCCAAUUGGAAGGAAGCUCGAUCUAUUUGCGCACGGCGGAUACGAUGACCUUAUUGGGACGCUUAGCCGCAUGUUUAAAACUACCAUUACAUAUCCUCCUGAUAUCGACCAAGUAGUCUCCAACAAGAAUCACGUGUUGACCUACGAAGACAAGGAAGGAGACUGGAUGAUGGUUGGAGAUGUGCCAUGGGAGCUGUUUUUGACCACUGUGAAGAAACUGAAGAUCACCAGAGCUGAUCGAUGCUAGCUAGUGUUCUUCGUCCGUCUGCCGAGCGCCAGUUUUGUUUGUUAUGUCAGUCUGAGAGCUGCGUGAGAAACAUACAAGUAGUAGUAGCUGGAGUAUAGAUAGAAUGUACAGCCCAUACAGCAUGAGAGAUCUCGAGAUUUUGGUUGUUAUUGUCUUUGUUUUGCUUGGUCUAUAGCUUGGGGAGUACUGCAAGUUUGUUAGAUACUGUCCCAUCACUCCCGGUGGGCAAUAGAAGGAUAAGGUAUAAAGCUAUUGAAGGUUUCUUUUAUGCGACCCAACUUGUUCUUUCUUUUCAUUUUUCAAUUUCAUCUCUGAGGAUUUCGUAUGGUCCUUCUGAGAAUUUAGAGUAA